AUUUGCCAACAAGACGCACAGCAUGCUCUGCAUCUUCCGCUCCCUCUCGCGCUCGCCCCGCCGCACCACGCCACCAAUGGGCGCCGCGAGCUGCACGCCCAGUACCCCCGCGACGCCUGCUGCUCGCGAAAUCCGCCGCUCGCGCACCGCUCCCGCCAUACGACGCAUGCUCCUUCGCCUCGUCGCCUCGUCGCCUCCGCAUCAGCAGCGGCUCGUUGAGCAGCCGCCACUGCCCCCCCCCACCGCUAAGCGGCAGCAGCCGCGGCCGCGGCCGCCGCAGGGGCAGUGGCUGUCGCAAUACGCGCAGUCGCAGGAACCACCAACCAACCCGGCGGCCGAGUCGGCCCUCGUCGAGAUGGGGUUUGCGCUCGCUGACGCGAGCGAGGCGCUCUACCGCUCGGGGAACGACAUUGCUGCCGCGGCGGCACUGCUGGCCGACCGCGCUGCCACGACACACAGUCGUUUCUAGUAGCAGCGGGGUGCGCCCGAUAGCGCCCUGGACCCACUGCCGCUCGGCUUCGCCCUCGUCCGGCGCACUGCCCUCUCCCUCUAGCGCCCCCUCCCCUCCUCCUCACUCUGUCUAGUAGAGCUCCGAGUGUUCAGUACGAAGGCCCUUGUGCCCAGUGUCUACCGUUAUAGAGUCCUACAUGACGCGCGAUGCAGGAUGCUGCGGCAACCGAAAUGCACGCAUGGGCAUGCUGUCGAGUGUCGUGUGCGACGAUGAUCGAUGUAUAUUGUAUCAGCUCCGUAAUUGGUAGUUAAUGUGACCUCCUUAUAAAAAUGCCUACGCGCACGAC